AUGCAUGCAAAGCACCACAGCUGUGACUCAAUGCAUACGGAGAUGGUUCCUGUUCUCAUUGCUACCUUGGCUGUUGCUCCCAUUGUGCUUGUUGAGUAUCUUCAAAGCAACCAAGGCUCAGCUCAGUUAGUCACACUGCUGCAGAUGUGGGUUGUUCCUCUUUAUGUCACCAUCAGACUUCACCGGUGGAGAUCCCUGUCAAUGGGGGGAAUGCUCUCAGUUAUUACCAGUUACUUCACUCUCAGACCAACAUGCAAACCUCUCUGAGGAAGAACACCGCAGUUGGUCUACAAAUGAUUCCUCCUGAUCUAUAAACCGAGUUGUGCAAUUGAAAUUGUGUGUUAUGUAGCCAUAAUGUUUACCAUGAUUGUAUUUAAUUUAUUCUUCAGAAUCAAGUCUGAUGACUCCAUGGAUUUGGCGAUGCUACAUUUUUACAGACUGUACUAUGAAGGGAUGGGAAGAGACUUUGCAGAGACUUGUUCUGACUACAUGGCUUCCACCAUUAGUUUUUACAACAUCAGUGGCAUACCAACAAAAAAUUUGUCCAAUGACAUCUGUGCUGUCUGCGGGCAGAAAUUUUUUGUGGAUAUAAAUGAAGAAGGGAUCAUUGAAAAUACCUACCAGCUGUCCUGUAAUCAUGUAUUUCAUGAAUCUGGCAUCCAUGGUUGGUGCAUUGCUGGCAAGAACCAGACUUGCCCAUACUGUGCUGAGGCAGUUGAUUUAAAGAGAAUCUUAAGUAACCCAUAUAUCCUCUCCUUAACAAGAUAG